CAACGGUGGAUCUUGGUUGCCAACGUAAACUAACCUCUGUGAAAGUGCAGAACGGAGCUGCAAAUUUUUUGAAAACAAACCUCGAAAAUGAUGGUUAGUGGGCUAACGUAAGCCUGUGAUACUAUUAAACAUAUCAGAAUUAAAUGAAAGCAGAUUUGAUACUUCAUCAAAAGUAAUGUAGAACUGAGUGCGAUAAUAAUGGUGAAAGACCAGCAGUCAAACACAGACAAAAUCAUGUUAUGUGAACCAGGGCCAAAUUUGCAAGCCUUUGAAGUACCUCUGUCACUAUGGAAACUUGUCCAAGAGAACGUUUCCCAAGAGGAGCAACAAGAAAUUAAAAAUAUAUUAGGAGAAUCCGAGGUUGAUCAGACGUUAGAACUUCAUUCAGAGGUCGAGGCGCUUCUAGAAAUUUGGCAGGAUUUUAGAUCUGAGAACGAGGCUUCUAAUGAGCCAUUGAGGAGUUCACUGCCAGAGCCACCAAUGGUUAGAGAAGGACUCAAGAGUCACAUCCUUUUGCUUGUUGAAAGUAUUAGAGAUCGUGCAAAGGAGGAAUGCAGAGAAUCUAAUUCUGAUCUAUCAGGGUUUAAUAGUGAUAUUCUUGAGUAUGUAUUGGAAGAAAGUGAUAGAGCAUCCCCUGGCAGUGAGCUGAGACGACCAUUAACAGCAUGCAGUAGUCGAGAUGGAAGGGAAACUCCCAUGCGAAUGACGCCCUCUAGCGAUGGAGAUUAAACUUCAACAUGAAAAAAACCGACUUCAGAAAAAGGUUGACAACAUUAGGACUAAUUCUACAGUCUUCAAGAAUGAUCAAAAGAGUCUUCCCAACUCACCAAAGAGAACGCUUCAUCCCUUGAAACCAUUGAGUCCAGUUGGACGUCCAUCGCCUCCGUCCUCAGCUUGUAGGUUAAGCCAAAUGCCUCCAAAUAGUCCAUCAAAAAGCACAACAAAACAAGACACGGCCAGAAGAUUGAGUGCUGGUUCAAGUCCAAGUAUCCAAAAGCAUUUACAACAAACUGUCCCAAGUCCACCAGGAUCAGCUAGCAGUUUUAGACGCACGCCAUUAAACUGUAGCAGCGAGUCCGGAGCUCCAAGAUCUCUGCAACCCUCCCCACCUACAUCAGCAAGGCCCUCCCCACCUUCGUCAGCAAAGCCCCUGGUGCGGCGUACACAUUCAUCUCAACGUUUUAGACUUAAAUCGAAAAGCAGUAACGCAACUGGAACGUGA